GCAGCCCGUAUCGCCAGUCUGGCAGCGCCAUAAAAGUCGAGUUGGCAUUUGGGAGAUUUUGCUGCGUUCGGAUCGAAAGAAAAUUCCAUAGUAAAUUGUUUAAAAACCAAAAACGACUGCUUAAGCAAUCAGCAAACAAGUAAAUGUAUUUUUUAGUCAACUGGCAGAGAACAGUACCAAGUGCGUGUAAAUAAACAAGCGAUUUGUAUUCAACAUGUUGCACAAUAAUGCGCCCUGGCUGCCACCGCAUCAACAGCAGCAGCAGCAGCAACAGGCACCGCAGCAACAUCCUACUCCCCAGCAGCAACAUGCAACGCCCCAACAGCAGCAACUUCAUCCUGCCCAGCAGCAGCAGCAACAGCUCUAUGCCAGCCAAAUGUUUCAGCAACAGCAGCCAAAUUAUUGGCCAGAGGAUCAGCAACAGCAAUCGCUGAACUACAAUAACUACUAUGCUGGACAACAGCAGCAACAUCCUAUGCAGCAGCAGCAACUGCCACCGCAGCAUCAGCAGCAACAGCAACUGCCACCGCAGCAGCAGCAGCAACAGCAACUGCCACCGCAGCAGCAGCAGCAACAGCAGCCCACGCAGCAGCAGCAUACAAUGCAGCAGCAAUUGUAUUAUCCCACUCACCAGCAGCCACAAGUCCCGGCUCCACCGGAACCCGCUCUGGACUCGUUUGACAACAAUAAUAGUAUUGGAGGAGUUAGUGGCCGGAGCGAUGGCUGGGGUGACUGGGGAGAUUGGAACGAUAACAGCAACAACAAUAAUAUUAGCGUUAGCAAUAUUAGCAACAGCAACGAGGCCUUAUUGGAGCCAUCAGGACAAUUGCUAGAGGAUUCCUUUAAUGUUCAAUCCUCGCCAGGCAGUUGGCAAGCCUUUGCCACUAAUACCAUUGGCAAUAAUGUCAAUAAUAAUGUGGAACUACCACCUUCAGGGGAUCAACAAGCACCAUCCUUGCACCAGCAAUCGGCUCCUUUAUUACAUCAUCAGCAGCAGCACCAGCUGCAAUCUCCUCCGGAACUUGGACAGGAACCCGAACUGGAUGCCAUUGUACCACCUCAGGCUUUCCAAAAUCAGCCAGCAGCUGCAGCACCACCACCUUCAUUCGCUCCACCACCACUAUCUGCUGUGGGAGGAUCACCAUUAUUUGCUGUUGGUGCUCCUCCAGCUCAUCUUGCAGGGUUAGGAGCUUCUUCUUCAGCACCUCUCGGCGGAGUUGGAGCCCCACCAGCACCCUUAAUUCCUAUCGUUGCACCAUCCGUAGAUACUGCAACCAUUGCACCACCGGCUGCACUGCCACCAAGCGUGACUCCAGCGGCUGGCAAUCCCUUUAAACGCUCCACGGGUCUCAACAAACGAGUUAACAUAAUGGCCAAUCCUGCGGGAGGAGCUCCAUCGCCACCAGCACCAGCUACGGUGGCUCCUUUGGCACCAGCAGCACCAAUUCCACCACCAGCAGAACAGCUUUUUGGCUUGCCAGCAGAACCUCAUGGAGAUGGUUUCAAUUUACUGGCAGCACCACCUGUUGAGGCUUCAAUUGGAGCUCCACUUAGUGCUCCCAUUCCGGCACCUAUUUCUGCACCAGCCGCAUCGCUCUAUGCACCACCACCAACCCUUUUGCAGGCUGUCCAGCAAGUGGAACCGGACAACCAGGAGGUGUUAUCCGCACCGAAUGACGAAAGGGCUCAGUACUUGCAGACGAGUCAUCUGUCCGAGCAGCUAGGUGAAGGUGAAGCGGAUCAGGACGCUGGUUUACUGCCGCCACCAGGCCUGUCCCGUUUGGUUUUGGGUCAACCGGAGUUGGAUUCUCAGCAGCAACGUCUGGUCACUGGUGCCACUGAACAGCCACCGAUCAAUGUGGCCCAGGCGGCUGCUUUGCACAUGCAGGAACGACAAGCAGAUGGCGAAGACACCUCCGAUGGUGAGCAGCAAGUGCGUAAUAUUCAGACGCCUCCUCGUCGAGUAGUAACGGGCGUAGAGACCAACGCCCCAUCCUUGAGAGAACAGCGGGAAGUGGUGCUAGAUGGUGAAAAUCUUGAGGAUCGUGAAGCUAUACCGCCACCAGCUCUUGCUGAACUACCGCCAACAUCAGUACAUCACAAUAUUCUGCCCGAUGAGCCGGAGCAGCUGCAUCACAACAAUCCGCCACAGGCGAUGCCUCCGUUGAAUUCACAGCAAGCUCAUCAACAGCAACAGCCACUGUUGCAGCAGCAGCACCAGCAACAGCAGGAAAAGAAACGUGCAGCUGUUGCACGUCGGACCAAUAAAUCCUCUCUGGAUCUGGAGUCCGAGGACGAGUCGGAUGAGUUUCUGCAGAGCGAAAGGGAACGAGAUCGGGAACGUGAGCGUGAGCGCGAGCGUGAUCGUAGAGACGGACGUGCACGCAGCCAAGGUCACUAUACCUACGAUGGUGAAACAGAAGAUUCGGUGCGCGGUUCAACCCACCAUGAAACCAAAUCCAUAAGGGAAACGCAUUCAAGACGCAAUCCAGAAAGCACGCGCUCUCGACGUAAUCCGGAUUUGAAGGUGGAGCGUGAAAGGGAACGGGAUAGGGGGCGUGAUCGUAACUAUCGAGGAAGAUCGAAUAAGUAUCACAGUGGUGGCGAGGAUCCUGAUCGUUCUUUUGAACACUCGCGUCGGUACAAUAACAGCAACUACGAUGGUGAAUCAGAUAAUCCGGAGAUCAAUCAUUUGAUCGAAGGUGAUCUUGAUGGUAGCAUUGGUGCAGGCACAGGUGGAGUUGGCGGUAGCGGUGGACGGAGCAGUAAAACUAGUCGCCAGCGACGCAGUGCCGCCGAAGAGGACUUUGAUGACUAUGAUCGUCAGUAUCCCAUGCGCAAACAGCCAGCGUCGGUGGGCCAUUCACGUUCCUCUGGCGGACGACGGAAGUACGAGAAUCAGGGACGUAGUGCCCGUACGGAGGAUGGUCGCAGUCGUCACAAGGAUCUGAGGAACUGGGAUGGUGGCUACGAGGAGUACCGCAAGAAGAGCUCACGCAACAGUGAUCUCGAUAAAGAGCGACACAAUGGCGGUAAUACCAGCGGUGGUGGCGGAGCCGGUGGUUCUGGCAAGCGUCGCACCUACGAUCAAUAUGCUGUGUCAGCUAAUGCUUAUGAUCCGUACGGUAUGUACGAGCAAAUGUCAAGGAAUCCACAAGCUUAUGCCGAAGUGUAUGCCAAGUUCUAUGGCCAAAUGAUUAACUCAAUGACGGCCGCAGUUUCGGCAGCAGCUUCUAAGUCUGGAGUUCCGGGUGCAGCAGUGAUACCCGGUUUGGUGCCAGGAGCGGUACCGGUGAAUGCAGGCCAGUUGAUGGCAGCAGCCGCCGCGAGCGGAGGAAGUGUCAGCGGAAGCAGUGAGGCCGCCCUGCUUAGGGAGCGUGAAAGGUAUACACACGCAUACAUAACCCAAGCCAAUGAAUUCCAUCGUCAUCAAUACAAAGAGCUGAUCUACCAGCAACAACAGCAACAACAACAUCACAGGGAGGAUCAAUUGAACUCCAGUUUUGCCAUUACCGAGGAUAAUGCCAGUUUUUAUGGAUCGCGCGGAGGGUCCAUCUAUAAUCCAUACCAACCAUCAUAUCCGCUGGCCAGUGCCCGCUCGCUAAGCAAUUUGAACGGCGAUGGACGCGAUUCCCGAUGCGGACCGUAUUACGCUGGUUCCGAAUGCGGUCUCGAUAUCAGAGCUGCUGCCGAUUUGGUACCUUCGACUUAUGGAGGAGUGGUUGGUGGAACCGCUGGAACGGUGACCACCACUGCGGUGGCUCGCCCGCCUCGUAGACGCACUCCCCUGCAGUUUAAUCGGCCACAUUUGGUGGCCUCGUAUGCGAUGAGUUUGCUGCUAAAGGUUAAACCCAAGUACGCCGGACGCGGACGUCUGCGCAACGAUGUUGAGGUGGCACCACCACGUAUCCGUGACGGUACGAGCAGUCUGCUGCGGAUGUAUCCGGGUCCGUUGCAGGGUCGCAAGUUGCACAAGGACAAGAUCAUUAGUUUCUGCAAGGAGCAGAUUCGACUGGGACCCACAAAGGGUUGCACCGUGCUGUAUGCCACGCAGAAAAAGCCACAGGGCAGCGUGGUCAAAUAUCGUGCCUCUCAUGCGCUGAUGUGGCACCUGCUUAUACUGUUGUUGCGUCAAAAUGGGUACAUUGCUGACACGGAUGUGGGCGAUCUAUUGCUGGAGAACCAGCAGGAGUAUCCCUAUGAUCCUACCGAAUACGAAGCGGAGAACGAGCCAGAUGUAGAGGCUGAGCAGAAUGCCGCUGUUCCUGCGGAGAAGGCAGGAGAUUCUGAUUUGGAUAGUGAAUCUGCAGCAGUUGCUACGCCAGAGGAGACACCAGCUGUGGGUGCAGCACCUAGCUCAUCCAAUGGAGCAGAUGCAGGAACUGUGCCGACAGCUGGUGGACAGACUCCUCUGUCGGAACAGGCGGCUACGGAUAAGUUCCGCAGUUAUGUUCUGCGUGGAAAUGUCGAAGAAGCCCUUCAGUGGGCCACCGAUAAUGGCCUUUGGACACAUGCCUUUUUCUUGGCGCUAUACGAGGAUCGCUAUGCUCUCACAGAUGUGGCACAGAAGUUCCUUAAUCGCGCGAUCAAGGCCAACGAUCCACUGCAGACGCUCUAUCAAAUGAAAAGCUGUCACACGCCGGCGUGCGUAAGCCAGCUAAAGGAUGAACAGUGGGGCGACUGGCGGUCGCAUCUCUCUAUUCUGGUGACGAACAAGAGUCGCCAGCCAGAGUAUGACCGCAGUUCGGUAGUGGCCCUUGGCGAUACGCUUUUCCAACGCGGCGAUAUCUAUGCGGCACACUUUUGUUAUUUGGUUGCCCAAGAGGAGUUCGGAAGAUACGAUAGCUCUGCCACAGAGCUAACUGCCUUGACCGCCAAUGUGCCCAGACUUAUCCUACUUGGAUCCUCGCACUAUAAGCAUUUCAAUGAGUUUGCCAGCAACGAGGCCAUCAUCAUGACAGAGAUCUACGAGUAUGCUCGGUCGCUGUUCGAUCCUAAGUUCAGCAUUGCCCAUUUCCAGCACUACAAGUUCCUGCUGGCCACAAGGAUUCUCGAUUAUGGCCAGCACUUCCGCUGUACCAACUACUUGGAGCAAAUCGCUAGGCAUAUUGAACUGAAGCCAGAGAGCUACGACAGCGAUUUUAUUCAGCGGGUCUGCGGUUUGGCCGAACGCCUGCGCUAUCAUGAUCCCAUUCUUAUCAAUCGUGUCUCCUUUGCGAGCCCUCCUAAUGCUACCAACAAGGAUAGUGCUGCUCCUGAGGAAAAAGCCUGGCUGCGUCAAUUGCGAUCUCUAGCCGACGUGCAGCCACAGCAGGAGCAAUUGCAACAUCUGCAGCAGGAAAAUCAAUUCCAGCAGGAACAAAACGACAUCAAUCAACAGUUUGCCGAGGUCAAUAAGCAAUUUAGAGAGCUAAACAUGCAAUACGAUGGUGGCAAUCUGGAGACCACGCUACAGCAGCAAUUGCCUCCGGUGGAUCAACAGCAGCCGCCGCUUCAGCAGCAAGUUGUGCCAGAAACGCACCAACAGCCACCACAACAAUACUAUGAGCCACCACCUCAAGUGCCAGCUGAAACGGAUCCCUAUGGACAGGGGCAACAAUCUUACUAUGAUCCCAAUGCCGGCCAGCAUCAAUACGAUCCCAAUGCCAGUCAGCAACAAUAUGAUCCAAAUGCGGCGCUCCAUCAAUACGAUCAACAACCUCAGCAACUGACACCCAGUUAUGGCCAAAUAGAGCCUGCAACUGAGGCUUAUCAGUCGGGACAAGCAACAGAUCCAGCUAGUGUUCCUCCUGGUUAUGGUUACGACUAUUGGUCGGGCACACAGCAGCCGCCUUAUGGCGAUGAGCCAAAUGAGAAUCAAGCUGCUGCCCUAAAGGAUGAUGAGGAUGAUGAGGAGCACCGCAUAUUGCAGCAGGCACAGCAGCAAAAGUUCCAACAGGCCAAACAGCAACAACAGGAGCUACAUAAUCGCAGCAAUGGUGCCGCCAACAGCAACAAUCGUUUCAAAUCGAAUGCCUUGAAGCAGGAAAAGAGCAGCAGCAGCAAUUCAUUGCGAAAAAGACAAGACGCAACGAGAACAGCAACAAUAGCAGCGGCAGCAGCAGCAAUUGCCCAGAUAACACCAACAAAAGCUGCAGUGGCAACAACAGGAGGAGUAGCAACAGCAGCAGGAACGACGACAUCGACAAAGGCAUUCAAUUUGAAUGAUCUGCAACAGCAGGCGCGCCCAGCGAUUUCCAUGCCCAAGUCCAAGAGCUAUGGUGAUGAAGACGAUGGCGGUGCCGGUGGUGCAACGACACAUCCUGGCCAAAAACCCUCUGCUGGAGGCUCUUCUGAAGCUGCCGGUAAACAGCAGACAUCGGGCAAACAGUCCAAUUCUGGCGGCGAUCUUGGUGCACCUGGCAAUCAGAAUUCCGGCUGGUUUGGCGGAAUCUGGAACAAGCUGUCGCUUAAGCCGAAGAAUCAAAUGAUCCUGCCGGACGACAAGAAUCCGACUAUCGUGUGGGAUAAGGAACGCAAAUGCUGGACAAACACCGAGGGCAAUGGCGACGAGGCGGAGAGCUUUAAACCGCCACCCAAAAUGAGCGAUCUGGGUAUGGGCAUGCCAUCUGCAGGACCACCAGCGGCAGCAGCAGGAGCUCCUGGACUGGGAAUGGGCUUGGGUGCAGCGUUACCGCCCAUGGCCACCAAUCCGUUGGGCACCCAUCAACCUGCACCGUUGAUGGAUCAGCAACCUUCGUCUCAGCCGCAAUUGUAUGGAAGUCCCAUUGACUAUACGGCUGCUCCGGCACCCGAGAUGAUACCAACGGUUCCAUCGCCGGCACCACUACCUGUCCCAUCACCUGCACCGGUGGCAGCAGCGGCGGCUGCCAAUCCUGCGGCCGCUCCCGGUGGGCCACAGCCCAAGCUGCAGUCGAACAUGUUUAAGAUGCAGCGCAACCGAACGUUGAAGAACUCCUACGUGGAUGUGUUCAAUCCCUCGGGUGCGCCAAUGUCGGCAGCGCCAGAGAAUGUGCUGGCUCCCAUUAUGGCGCCGGCUGCGGUUCCCCAGGGCGGUUACUUUGUCCCCGGAGCAGCGCCUACGCACCAGCAGUAAGGUGAUCCUGAUGCGGGGAAUAGAAAGAGCAGAAGCCUUGGGACCUGGAGUAAGAGGUUUACACGAAUGGAGGAGGAGGAUGUUGUGAUUAAAAGGGCUGCCACAAAUGCCAACGAGAUGUGAGUUGAGACAGAAGAUAGAGGAUGAUGCCUGAUUGAUGGGGUUAUUCUUUUAUUGCAGCAGCACUUCGAAGCUACGUAAAAAGAAAAUACAAGAAAACCUUUUUGAAACCGGUGACCGUUAACACACACACACACACACACCCAGUCAUGCAUAAAAUAUACACACACAUUCAAACGAAAAAAGUCAACUUUCCAGCAGGGGAAAAGUUGACCCAACGAUUUUUUUCUAAGAUCCUAUAGUUCGUUAACUUCUGUCUGUCUGUCCUAUCUUCGUGUGUGUUGGUCUACUAAAUUAACUCACCCAAUUAAAAAAUUAAACACAUAAUUUUAAUAAAUUUGUGCGCAUGUGAGUGUGUGUGCGUGUGUGUUUGUAAGUGCGAUCGAUGUCUUAACGUUUAGUGAAUGAUUAAUUGAGGAAACGAUGAAGAAAGCGAUUUAUGUACGACUAGCGAAUUAUAUAUGUAAAUUUUCUCUAUGUAAACUAUACGAUCCCCCUCCCCAAAUCCCAUACCCUCUAUUAUUCAUAUAUACACAUGCCCCUCCACGUCCCCACGCCCACUUCUCUACCGAUUUCUGUUUAUAUACAUGUUUCUUUUGUAUGUUGCAUAGUUUUUAUGAUUAUUUUUUGUUUAGCUGUAUGAAUAUGUAUUCGAAGGAGGUCAGACAUUAAUUCGGAAUUCACAUUGAUUGAUGCUGUAUUGCUGUAUUUUCCACAUCUAAAUGCUGUAUAACUAAAACUAUCUAUCUAUCUAUAACUACAAAAUUGAUAUUGGAUUAAUAAGCGAUUAAGAACUGAAAUGAAUUGUUCUCCCUGAUUCUUUCUUUCUCGAUGUAUUCUUCUAUCUGUGUCUCUUUCUUACGAUUGGUGUGAAAUAUGCAAAUGAUUCCAAUUAUAUUUAUAAUUAUAAAUGUAUCUUUAGAGCAA